CUGGAGUCCAUCUUCGAUCCGAACCACGAGCGCUUCCGGAUCCUCGACUGGAAGCCGGACGAGCUGAGCUGCCAGUUUAAACGUUACCAGGAGACCAGCUGCUGAUCAUCCACUGCAACCUCACGGAGUCGUACCCGUCGACGCCGCCGAUCUGGUGCGUGGAGUCCGAUGACCCGAGCCUGACUCGAGUGCUGGAGCGGCUGGAGGACGUCCGGAAGAGCAGCACUCUGCUCCUGCAGCAGCUGAAGAGGCUGAUCUGUGACCUGUGCCGCCUCUAUAACCUUCCUCAGCACCCGGAUGUGGAGAUGCUGGACCAGCCUCUUCCUGCAGGACCCCUUCACCCGGACAGAAAGCUUGGGACGACAGAUGAGGUCACGUCAGAGGAGGAGGAGGAAGAGGAGAUGGGAGAGGACAUCGAUCUGGAGCACUAUGAGAUGAAAGAGGAGGAGCCGGUGGACGGGAAGAAGUCUGAGGAUGAUGGGAUCGAGAAGGAGAACCUGGCCGUCCUGGAGAAGAUCCGCAAGAACCAGCGGCAGGACCACUUGAAUGGCGCCGUGUCUGGAUCUGUUCAAGCGUCAGAUCGCCUCAUGAAGGAGCUCCGGGAGAUCUACCGCUCUCAGAGUUACAAAAACGGCAUCUACUCCGUGGAGCUGGUCAACGACAGUCUGUACGAGUGGCACGUGAAGCUCAGGACUGUGGAUCCUGACAGUCCUUUACACAGUGACCUGCAGGUGCUGAAGGAAAAGGAAGGCAUGGACUACAUCCUCCUCAACUUCUCAUACAAAGAUAACUUCCCCUUUGAUCCUCCGUUUGUUCGUGUGGUCUCUCCUGUGCUGUCUGGAGGGUAUGUUCUCGGCGGAGGAGCUCUGUGUAUGGAGCUGCUCACUAAACAGGGCUGGAGCAGUGCCUACUCCAUCGAGUCUGUCAUCAUGCAGAUAAACGCCACUUUAGUCAAAGGAAAGGCAAGAGUGCAGUUCGGAGCCAAUAAGAAUCAGUACAGUCUCGCCAGAGCGCAGCAGUCGUAUAAAUCACUGGUGCAGAUCCAUGAAAAGAACGGCUGGUACACACCGCCCAAAGAGGACGGCUAGAGCACAGCGUCCACACAUGGACCGAGCAUCUUCAGACGGACAUCUCUCUGUUCCUGCUUUUCACCUCUCAUCCCUCGUUUUAAUCAGAGCCACUCUUUCUGACACUUCUCUUUCCCCGGCUUGAUUUGACUCAAGUUUGAGCGCCUGAUGUUCCUUCAUCAUCUCAAACAAUGCCAUGAUUCCAGCAGAGCGAUGCGACGCGCUCCUGACGCCAAUAUCUCUGAAAGAGCCCCAUUUCUGCAACGUUCCUCCAUUAUUAUUUUUUUAUUUUUUUUUGUUUGCAUAUUGAAAAAACAAAGUUUUUACCAUGGCUACUCAGACUUCAUUGUGUUGAAAAUAAACUCCACAAUCAAGUACAGAUGCGUUUGGAUGAAUGAACCUUUAAAAGAGCAGCAGGAGCGUCAGUACAGAAUGGGUUUGAGUGUGUUCAUGCCAUUGCGAAGCACGUCUGUGAGUCCUGUAAGCGGCUUCUCCCUCCAGCACGGCCAACAGAACUGUCUGGAUUUGUAGAAUUGUAUUUAGCGUGUUAUUUGAAGCCCCUGCAGUCUCUUGGGAAGCUGGGAGUGACCAAUAAUGCCUUAAAAAGGAGGAAAAGGAAGUGAAUGAGCAGAAGUUAGUGUCCCUCUGUCCUGCUGUUUCUCGCCGUCGUCUCCAGUAUUUCUGUUCGAAACGGACAUCAUUAGAGGUCGAUCUGAUGGCUGUGAACACAAGAAAACAGCCCUGCUUUAGUGUAAAUAUCCUUCAGAAGCAGUUCUCACCGGUCUCCACUGAGUCAGUUUUCCUCUAGACUCCUGUCGAAAGCACUGGGAUGGUUCUUCUGUUUUCUUGGCCAGUGUGAGCCAUGUUUCAUUAAGGUGAAGUUCAGAACUGAAUAACUCUGACAUCAAGCCAUAGUUUGAGUCCCUAGCUGUUCCUCUGGUUCUGUGUGUGUGUGUGUGUGUGUGAACUGAUGUUCGUUCAGACGGAGGAGUGUGUUUGAUUGGGGGGGGGGCUUCAAUGCGUUAUGCACUGUUAGCAUGCUUCAAUUUUAUUUGCAUUUUAUUUUUUCCAUUGUAAGUGUAAUUUUGACCAUGUACAGUACAAUUUGUAAACUUGCAUCAAGUUUAUGAAUAAAGAAUUUUAAGAAAUA